AUGGCAAUGCAAUCGAGUGAUUACCGCCUGGUAUAUCUCGACAGCAGUAAUCCAGACCCAAACGAGCAAGCAAUGGUCACCAUUUCAAGUUCUGAAAUCGUCGGCGGUCUCCUAGAGCGAAUCCGAAACACAGACAGCCGCUAUAAGAACGCAUCCGCAUUGCAGCUCAAGCUGUACCAAGUAGAUAUUCCAUAUGGAGUGAAUAUGCACCAGGAGAUCACCGGAAGGUUAAAUGCGCUCCCCUCGCCGCUGUGGCCAAACCGCCUACUCACCGGGCUCUAUCCAUCGAAACCCGCAGCAGAAACUUUACAUAUGAUCCUGGUGGACUCAGGACCACACAAGGGCGCAAUAAACAUUGUCCCGUCGCCCCAGCAGUCCAUCUCUAACAUCUCACCGAGUACAAGUUUUUCUACUGUUCAAAGGCAAAUCGAAGAUUUUUUGGACAAACUCCGCCCGCGGAUAAAGACAUUUUUGGAGGCUCCCAAUCUCCCCUCCUGGGCCCCGCCCACAACCGUCAACGGCGAGGUCCACGAGUUCUAUCAGGAGUUAAAGGUACCAGCGGUAAACGGCAAACCCAGGUUGCUACUCCAUAAUCUUGGAAGUAACAAUGAAACCGCUGAUACUAUAUUCGGAAUGUCCAAAGUCGUUUUGUGCAACACUUCGGGAUCAGGCAAGACUCGGGCGCUUCUCGAUGGACUCUCGACUCGCUGGGGUUUCUAUCUCACCGCGGAUCCGGGAGUCGACGAUAUUGGGUCCAAAGAUCUAAUGGAAAUAAUCACAGGCAUGCCCAACAAGCUGGAAUGGGUAAACGAUGUGUUCAAUGGUGCAUCUGACCCUAAAGAUAUCCAGGCAAGAAGCCGAACCAAUGAGAGACUAGCAAUGCUAGGAUUUCUCGCCUGCUAG